CUACUAACUGCGCCGGCAAUACAGCUUCUCCAUUUUUGAGUUCUGACCUGAUGAUAGGUAUGCUGUUGAGGGUCCUGUCUUAUUGCGGCUCUGCUAGUAUGCUGUUGUGCUUCAGAACUUGCAAAGAAGAAAGUAAAACAACUUCAAAACAACAUUGACGAAACUAACAUCAAAGUAAAGAGAAAUUAUAUAAUAGAAAAUGACAGGAAACCUAAAGCUGUGGCUCAAGGAAAGAGGGCAAAAAAGACAGGAAGUGAGAAUGCUUCUAUUGGACCAAAAGCGGACAUCAUGUGCAGAAGGCUUGGAGGCAUCUGCCAACCUAACCGUUACAUCUGCCCCGGCCGAUACCUGAAAGACAAGUGUUCAGGGGCCAGGAUGCGGCAGUGCUGUAUGCCAGUUGGAGCCUGGAGUGUCCUCUGUGCUGGUCACCACAACAACAGAGUGAGGGCGUGUGAUGCGCACGGCUGUGGAGCUUUCAAUUCCCACAAAGGUAAUGACCUACAUAAAGCAGUGGACCUGGUGUGUGAGGACUUUGGUAUUAUCAACGCUCCGUUCUCAGGCUCUUUGGCAGGUCCAGUUAGUCGGAAAGACCCUGCUGGGAUUCAGUAUGAUGGGCUCAAACUUCUCAAUGAUGUGCACUGUGUGAAGAUCUUCAACAUCCGUCCUUACCGUUACAUGGGCCCGGUGGUUCAGGGAGAAGCCUUGGGGUAUCUGUUGCCGAUGCAGGAACGCUUUUCCGGCAUCACAUCUCACCUGGAGCUGCAAAUGUGUGACGGCACUGACCCUACUACUUUUAUUUGACCUCUAACCCAUGGGUGCAAACUACACAAGAGAACAAGGGAACUUGUUUCCUCUUAAUUCAUUAAGACAUGAGCUACCAUGAUAACCUAAUUUGUGUAAUGUCCAGGGUCUCUAAAAUAUUGGCAAUAUGCUUUUUAUGUUAGGCAGUUCUAUUCUUUGCUUCUCCAUAAUUAGGGAUUAAAGUUAGGAUUAUUGAUCUAUAAUUCAUGCAUUAUCCUCAUCCAAUCACACAUUUUCAGGAAAUUGCUAAAAUUAAAUUUUUGAAAGUGAGCUCCCCUCAAAGAUAUAUAUUUUACACAUCGCUCUGACCUAUUAAUCAUGUGCUGCCAAUUUCAAUUUUUAAAACUUUAUACAUCUGGCAUAGAAGUUUUUAUAUUACAUUUUAUAUCUACAGUAUAUCAUGUUUAUAUUUAUAAAUGUAACUUAAAAAACGUAGUCUUGAAUCAUUUUUUCUUCUGCUUUCCUGCGGAGAAAAUAUUACCAUCC